AGAAAAGAGAAGUUAGUGAACCGGUGUUUGGUACCCUGUCGUUCACAAGGAAGGAAAGCCCAUCGUCUCCAUCUCGUCAACUCGCCAUUGCUGAUUACUACUCACCAAUCAUCAGCAGCUUGUUAAACUCCUGCUCACCAAAUUUUGGAGCAGCGUCCGCGGACACCGACGCCGUGUUCGCAGAAAUGGGCAGGAAAGCCAUCCGAUACGCCGUGGUGGACGCCUUCGCGACCGAGCCGUUCAAGGGCAACCCCGCCGCGGUGUGCCUCCUCGAGGACGACAACGCCGCGGACGAGCGGUGGAUGCAGUCCGUCGCCACCGAGUUCAACCUCUCGGAGACCGCCUUCCUCGUGCGCGACUUCUCCCGGCCCGCCAGCGCCGCCCCGCUCUUCCACCUCCGAUGGUUCACUCCCGUCACCGAGGUCGACCUGUGUGGGCACGCGACGUUGGCCUCCGCCCACUUCCUCUUCACGGUCGUUCUGCCGGAGCAUGGCAUAAUCGAGUUCAUGACCAAGUCCGGUAUCUUGACUGCAGAGAAAGUUCCUCCACCAGGGGACGCAGGCGCCCACGGGAAGCUGUUUAUUGAACUGAAUUUCCCCAUGAUUGAUUUUCUGGGCUGCAACGAGACGCCGUCGAUUCCGGAGACCCUAAACGGCGCAUCAGUGGUCAGUGUUCACAAAUCGGCGGCCGACGGUGAUCUCAUUGUGGAACUUUCUUCAGCAAAAGAGGUUGCCGACAUAAUUCCUAACAUCGAUGAAAUAAAAAAAUUGUCCUGUGGCGGUAUCAUGGUUACAGGACCGGCACCUGCUGGAUCUGGUUAUGACUUCUUCACACGUUUAUUCUGCCCAAAAUUUGGGAUGGAUGAGGACCCUGUUACUGGCAGUAUACACUGUGUAUUGGGACCCUAUUGGGGUAGAAAGCUUGGGAAGCAAAAACUGAAGGCAUUUCAAGCAUCUCCAAGGGGUGGAACGCUAUACCUGGAACUGGAUGACGCAAAUCGGAGAGUGAAAAUCCAAGGAGAAACUAUUACUGUCAUGGCCGGGACACUCCUGGUGUAAUAUGCAUGCUGCUUUGUGCUGGUUUAAAAACUUCCAGUGGUUAUUUGAAGGCUACUCCGGCAGUGUAUGAUCUGAGCAAGGCCACUAAUAUUUUCCAGUAACCUCUUCCCACGUAGUUCUAUCCUAGCAUUCCGCUAAACCUCACAGAAUUGUUGCUUAAAAUAUACAUCGACACAAUUGCUGUAGUGGCAGAUAGUUAUUAUGAGAUCGAAUCUCUUGUAGUAGUACAUAGGACUUGUUGCUGAAAGUGCAAAUUCAGGGAGGAUUUGGUUGCCUUCUGCCGAGGUGUUCUCAUUGGGGGUUGUUUUGCGAUAUAGAAGUGUGAGGGUUUGUGGUUGUUACAGGUUGUGUAUGUUUGUCAGAUCGAUCGUGAAUUCGUGAUCGUGUUGUCAGGGAGUUUCAUGGUUUGUGAGUACUCCAUAUGUGUUGUGUUUGUAUCCGUUUUCGUCUGAUUUUUCAUUAACUAACAGAACAAUUUUCUUU